CCUCUCGCCAGCAGACCAUGGGGAUCCUUGACGGACUACCAUGGGCUUCGCUGGCAACCGAACCAAUUGAGCAGCUGGUGCGGGUUUUCACCGGCCUCGACCAUCACCAUGGAGAGUCUUGAUGAAGUGUCCCUCUCUCGAGAGGGUGCAGAUGACAGAAGCCUUGGUGCUCUUGACAACCAGUCUUCCAGAGCAGUGUCCCUGAUAGACAGCAGUCCCCCGAACUCAACCACCGAUCUGAACUUUCCCUACGCAGACGCCUCGUUUACCUCAGGCUCAAGCACCAAAUUCCCCGAAGAGCUGCCCGAGUCGGCCUCUCGAAGUUUCAUUGAUCAUGACGACGACCUUAGAUCGCCCCGCGCUGCCUCCCCAUUCGGCCCAUUACCUUACAAUCCUCCGACAGUACCUGCUAUGAGUGAAGACGGGGGUGAUGCAGGAGAUGAAGAGCCUCAGGUCGCAACAUCCUUUGAGCGGGAUUCUACGCCAACGUCGGCGCAAAAGCAACAUUCCGCGUUCUUUGACGCUGGGGAGGAAGAAGGCAUAAAUCGCAUGCAUAAAUUCUCCUUGUACGAGACAGCAACUCGGUUCUACAUGGUUGGCAUGGACUUGACGGAUACUCGAUUCAAGAUUUUGAAGAUCGAUCGGACGUCUGAAUCAGGCGAUCUGAGUGUCUCGGAGGACGACAUCGUGUACAGCAAGAGAGAGAUGAGCCAGCUGUUGGAUACAAUCGAUGAUGGAAAUAAAAGCUCGGGUGGACUGAACCUCAAAUGCAGCGCAUGGGCUUUGCUUGGAUUUAUCCGAUUCACGGAUGCCUAUUACAUGCUCUUGGUGACCAAGAGAAGCCAGGUGGCCAUGCUCGGUGGCCAUUAUGUUUAUCAGAUCGAUGGGACGGAGCUCAUCUCGCUGACAACAUCGAGCUCGUCUCGGCUCAGGCCCGAGAAGAACCCCGAAGAGGCGCGAUAUAUUGCUAUUCUCAACAACCUUGACCUGACUCGGUCCUUUUACUUCAGUUAUUCUUAUGAUAUUACCCACACGUUGCAGCGCAAUAUCUGUCGGGAACGCAAAGCCAACCAGGACGAGCAUCCGAAACAAUUCCAGCAAAAUUAUAAUACGAUGUUUAUUUGGAAUCAUCAUCUUCUUGGACCGGCCUUUGAGACACUGAAGAACCCUUGGGAAUGGUGUUUGCCCAUCAUUCAUGGCUAUGUUGAGCAGGCCAAGAUGUCGGUGUACGGGCGAUUGGUUUACAUCACGAUUAUUGCGCGUCGCUCGCGGUUCUUCGCUGGAGCUCGAUUCCUGAAGAGAGGCGCCAAUGAUCUGGGCUAUGUGGCAAAUGAUGUCGAAACUGAACAGAUCGUGGCUGAGAUGACGGCCACGUCAUUCCACUCCCCCGGACCGAAUCUCUACGCCAACCCCUUGUAUACCUCCUACGUGCAGCAUCGUGGAAGUAUCCCUUUGUACUGGACGCAGGAAAACUCAGGCGUCUCACCCAAGCCGGAUAUAGAGCUCAACCUUGUUGAUCCGUUUUACUCCGCCGCCGCGCUGCACUUUGACAACCUUUUUGAGCGAUACGGCGCGCCAGUAUAUGUCCUCAACCUUAUCAAGUCACGAGAACGCACACCACGAGAGUCCAAGCUGCUCAAAGAAUAUACCAAUGCUAUCCAAUACCUUAAUCAGUUUCUGCCGGAGGAUAAGAAGAUCAUCUAUCAGCCCUGGGAUAUGAGUCGUGCUGCGAAAAGCCGAGACCAAGACGUGAUUGGGACCCUGGAACACAUCGCGGGCGAGAUUAUUCCGAAGACUGGCUUCUUCAAGAAUGGAUACGAUGCCGAGUCUGGGUUACAACUGCAGAAUGGCAUCGCGAGAACAAACUGCAUCGACUGCCUUGACCGGACGAAUGCCGCUCAAUUCGUCAUUGGAAAACGCGCUCUGGGAUACCAGCUUCACGCGCUGGGAAUCAUAGACGGAACAACUGUUGAGUACGACACCGAUGCUGUCAACCUGUUCACCGACAUGUGGCACGACCACGGUGAUACGAUUGCGAUCCAGUAUGGAGGUUCGCACCUGGUCAAUACUAUGGCCACUUACCGCAAAAUCAAUCAGUGGAGCAGCCAUUCCCGAGACAUGGUGGAGAGCUUCAAACGAUACUACAAUAAUUCCUUCCUCGAUGCCCAGCGCCAGGAAGCGUACAAUCUGUUCCUGGGCAAUUACAUCUUCUCUCAAGGUCAACCCAUGCUGUGGGAUUUGUCAACCGACUACUACCUACACCAUGCCGACCCCCGAGCCUGGUCCAACAAGAAACGACCCAACUACAUCUGCUGGUACACUCCUGACAACCUGAAAGAGAAAGAACUCCCACCCCCUCCACGACCUCCCAAGGAGCCUCUCUCCCACUACGAUGAUUACUGGCUCGAAUACUACAGGCCGCUGGCGGUGUCAUCGUUCUCCAAGAUUUUCUCUUACAGGAUGAACUCAACCCUCCGUUAUCUUCCCUUCCGGCCUGGCUCCAGUGCACCCUACGACAUCAGUCCAUUUGUUCCCCGGAUCCCUCACGACCAGAUCAACCGGGAGCGACACCCCCCGCGCAGUGUCAAAAUCCAGGAACCUCUCAAGACCUCCAUCGACCCAUCAGGCCGCCCCCAGCUCGGCAGCACCGCAACCUCCCAGUCAAGCUACAACUGGAUCCACCAACCACCCUCAGCCGACAAACUGCCCCCAUCAGCGGGCAUAAUGAAAGCAACCUCAUUCGGACUACCCCAAUCCUUCAGUUCCAUGCAAUCUUCCCAGGAAUCCAACACCCCCAGCAAAGCCCAAAUCGCCCAAUGGACACUCGGCCAGCUCGUCACCGACUCACUCAACCCCUCCGUCACCGCCGCAGAAGCAGAAGAAUACGAACGUUACAUCAACCACCCACUGAAGGUCCCUCUCGUCGUCACCUCCGAGGACGAGCUAACCGCCACCUCCAUUCGCGAACACGAGUCCAGCCUAGACCUACUGGAAUACGCCAACAAAUGCAACGUCGAAGAGACCACCCUCGAAACAAACGCCGAGGAAAACCUCGCCGACUACUCUGAAUUCCUGGAGGUCUCUGAAGGUGGCCUCACAGUAGCCGCGGAGGAUUAUGAGAAGAAGCGCUAUAAGCGGUACCGACAAUGGCUCCGGGGGAAGAGUCUUUUUAAGCAGCGUGUGGAUAUGUAAUUGAGCCUAGUUCUAUAUUGUUAUUCUUAUUAUUCUUAUUGUUACGACAGAUAUGACAUGACAUGAUAUGAUAUGAUAUGAUACCAUAG